ACAUUUAUCCCAUUUCAGUUUGGAUUUUCAGCUUAAAUGUUAGUGCUGGGGUCAAAAAGGAGAAUCUUUUAUGACGUUUGACCCCCAAAAAAGCACAAUUUGGACUUAAAUUAGUAGAAAAUUGUGUUUUUUUAUAGAUAUUUUCAAAAUCAAAUCAAAUGCCUUUAUUGUCAUCGGAGAAUGAAAUUCUGAGUUAAUCUCCUUUGUGGGAUAAAACAAUUACAACAGAUAAGAUUAAAAAUAUACUAUGCAAAAUAUGUUUUAUAAUGUAUUUACUUUAUUUAGCAUUUAUUUAAGCAGGUCAGUCCCAGUGAGAGCAGAGAUCUGCUUAAAAGGAGACCAGCAGCAUCGUCACAACAGGAUGUAAGAAAACAAACAUAAAAUCACUCAUAAAUGAAUAAAUUUGCACAAACCCACCCAGAACUGCACUGCUCAUGCUAAAUGCACACGUUCAGGAGUUAGUGCUGGUCCUGCUGCUUUAUGGCCUCAGGGGUCAAAACUUUAGCAGUGUGGAGGGUCCAGAUGGAGCUGUAGCGCCUCCUGGAGGGCAGCAGAGGAAACAGGAGGUGGAUGGGUGGGCAGCUGUGUUUUGAUGAGUUUCUGUUUUGAUGACCGUGGAGCUUUCCUAUCUGCCUCAGUGCUGCCUGUGAACCCACCAGAAGGUCCUGCAGAGGAUGAUCUCCACAGAGAACCUGCAGAAGGUCAGCAGCAGCUGCUGGGACACAUCUGCCCUCUUCAAUGUUCUGGUUCUACCCCGGGGUCUCCUCCCAGGAGGACGUGUUCAGAAAACCUCCAAAGGAAGUCUCCAUGGAGGAUCAGAACCAGAUGUCCAAACCACCUCCACUGGUUCCUUCAGAGGUGAAUGAUCAGCAGCUCUACUCUGAGCUCCCUCCAGAUGUCUGAUCUUCUCCUCCUGUCUCUAAGGUUGAGCCCAGACACCCUACAGAGGAAGCUCAUUUCAGACGCUUGUAUCCAUGAUUUCAUUCUUUGGGUUGGAACGUAGAUGGAUGGUAAACUGAGAUCUUCUCCUUGAGGCUCAGCUCCCUCUUCACCACCACGGUUCGGUACAACGCCCUGACUUUGUGCUAAUCUCUGAAAACCCUCCACCACUGAUGGGUCUGUAAUCCUCUGGGCUGGUGAUGGUAAUUCUUUGGGUCUGGGAAUAAUGGUGGCAGAUUUAAAAUGUUUGAGGACCGGGCAUGAUGACAGACAGACUGAAGACGCUCCAGAAUUCCUCUGCAGUCUCUUAGGACUCAGGUUCACACCGUGGAACGUUGUCCUGACGUCCUCUGAGCUCACAGCUGGUCAUCGGUGGAUGGUGGUGGAGGUGUUGCUCCUCAGAGGUCUGAAGAAGAGUUGAGUUCCUGCUGUUUUAUAUUUUUAGGUAUUUGUGUUGUUUAAGGUUUGCGUGUAUUCAUAAAGAACAAUCCAAACCAAAUAUUUCUUCUUGUAUCAUUUUUUAUCAUAUUAUAAAUUAUUUAUCAUAAUUUUGCUGAUUUUUGCUUUUAACUAAACUCUAGUUAAAUGACAGAAUAAUGGUGAAUAUGAAUGUUUAGAAGCUAUGAAAUUAAAUUAGUCGCGAUAAAAUGUUUGUUUUUCAUUAGGAGUCAAAAAAAGCUGUAGUAAAAGACAUUUUUAGCUGUUAAGAGUCUAAACAGAGUGGUAUAAAUGCUACAGCUGCUUUCUUUGCGGUGAUAACGUGGAGUUUCAGCUGCAGGAGUGGCGUCUAUUUACAGAGAGCUCACAUUCUGAAGCUCCAACAGACGAACACCAGAGUCAGAAACUGGAGGAAAACUGAUUUUAAAGGUUGAAUAAAUGACAGUGUGUGCUGCAGAGAGCUCAUUUCUCCACUUGGUUCUCUUUAUUUGUGCUUAAAUCCAGUUUUUCUCCGUCAGUCGGUUUUAUCGUCCUCCAUGUGCUCUUUUCUCAGAUUCCUCUCCAGCCGGCUGAUAAAAGCUUUUAUCUGCAGAACUUUGACCCAUCAGGACGUUCUCUCUGUGCUGGAGAACCAAUCAGGAAGCAGCUUUUAGAUCUUCUGGCUUCAGAGACUGAAGGGGAGAAGAACCAGCGAGAGAUCCGUCACCAUGAACCGGGUCUGGGCUGCGUUCAAAGCCCGUCCGUACGUCAGCAACGUCCUGGGCUACACGGCCCUGUUCGCCUCCGCCGACCUCUUCCAGCAGAACUUCCUGGCUCAGAAAGCUGCCGCCGGGUCGGAGGGACAGGGAGGCGUGGACUGGACCCAGACGGCCCGGGUGGCGACGGUCGGCUUCUGUUUCCACGCCAACUUCAACUACCGCUGGCUGGCGGCUCUGGAGAAGCUGCUGCCUGGAGGAGGGAUGAAGGCAGUGGCGGGAAAGGUGGUGUUGGAUCAGCUGAUCGCUGCGCCGCUCACCAUCAGCGCUUUUUAUCUCGGUUUAAGUUUCCUAGAAGACAAAGAGGAGCUGCUGGAGGACUGGAGGCAGAAGUUCUGGACGUCUUAUCAGACUGGGGUGGUCUACUGGUCGACGAUGCAGGCGAUAAACUUCACCUUCGUCCCUCCGGUAGCUCGGACCGUGUUCCUGGGAGGCGUCGCUCUGACCUUCACCGUCUUCCUGUGUCACCUGAGACAGCAGCAAAACCACAAACCGGAAUAGACCUGACAGCAGCAAAACCACAAACCGGAAUAGACCUGACAGCAGCAAAACCACAAACCGGAAUAGACCUGACAGCAGCAAAACCACAAACCGGAAUAGACCUGACAGCAGCGAAACCACAAACCGGAAUAGACCUGACAGCAACAAAACCACAAACCGGAAUAAGCCUGACAGCAGCAAAACCACAAACCGGAAUAGACCU